UCGCCAAGCGUGGUCCGCUUCAAGUUCUUCGAACGGUGUGCAUUGUAAACAUGUGCUUGGUUGACGAGCGAUUCGAGCUGUGAAAUUAACUAUUUUUGCAAUAAUUUGGUGUUUAAACAAGUAAAAUUAUUGACUGAAGAAGCCCUAUAAGGCUAAAACAUCUUCUCAAACUAUUUGUAGUAUACUCGAAAAAUGAGCUUCCGUGGACGAGGUGGUGGCGGUGGCGGGGGAUUCCGUGGAGGACGCGGUGGUCCAGGCGGCAGAGGAGGGCGCGGUGGUGGUGGAGGCGGCCGCGGUGGCUUCAACAACAACCGGUUUAGCCGGGACGAUGGUCCCAAAAACAUUAUCCCGCUUGGCUUCUACGACUACCCGUGCCAGGAGGAUCUGGUCGCCAAGGUCGAGGUGGAGAAUGUGCCCUUUUUCAACGCUCCCAUCUACAUCGAGGGCGAGAAGCAGAUCGGCAAGGUGGACGAAAUUUUCGGCCACCUGCGGGACUUUUACGUGUCGAUCAAGCUGAUGGACAACAUGAAACCGGACGGCUUCCAGCCGAAGCAGAAGCUGUUUAUCGAUUCGGCCAAGCUGCUGCCGUUGGCGCGAUUCUUGCCCGGCAAUCAAACGAGGAAACCGGCCGGUCGAGUGGGCAAGCCCGGUGGGCGAGGGGGUGGCGGUCGCGGUGGACCGGGUGGUGGCUUCCGUGGUGGUCGGGGUGGGCCAGGUGGUGGAGGUAGAGGAGGCGGUGGAUUUGGAGGGCGAGGCGGCGGUGGCGGAUUCGGAGGGCGAGGUGGUGGCGGCGGUGGCUUCCGCGGAAAUCGCGGUGGUGGUGGUGGUGGCGGCGGAGGUGGAAAGCGAUGGUAGAAGCAAUACCAUCAACUGUUUCUUCAUUUAAAGAUUAUUGUAUCCGAGAGAAUGUCUAAUAAAGUACCUUGUAAGAUAG